GGUGAACAUAUUCAAACUCUAUAUCGCGUACCUUUAUUUUCCACGAAAAAGAUAAAUGCAUGUAAAUUGAUUAAAUUAUUUGAUAUUUGAUAACAAGGAUCUCAGUUACAAGUAGACUUGACAGAUUACAGGGGAACACCAAGACUAAGACAUGUCCAGUGGCAAAGUGACCAACAACAGUCGUUCGGAAAUUCAUGACUGGAACUAUCAAAUGAACGGACUGAAUGAUCAGAACGCGGAGAGGAGAUUCAGAAGGGAUGGGGGAUUUUAUGGCGCUGAAGGUUCGAGCCCACAAAGAGUCAAUUAUGGGUCUAGAAACUUUGGAUACGACGAUAGGGAGGAACUUGAGGUCAAUAACAGAAGAGAUUUCACGAUGUCUGAUGACAUGGAACAAAAGUAUCAAAGAAAUGGGGAAAGUCGUGACGCAGAAUAUCGAGGACAGUCUGUUGAAAGAUCUCGGAUGUAUCAAAUACCGGAUGAUGAGGAUAGAAGUAUUGGCCACAAUUCUAAUCAAGAAAUAGAAGGCAAGAAUUACAAGGAAACAGAAUCCUGCAAAGAAAUGAGAGAUGAUCGCCAGCAGUAUCAGGAAAUGGAUGGAACGGGUCACAAAGAAACAGUAUUUUGCAAAGAUAAAAGCAAUGACCCAAAUUAUUAUCAGGAAAUAGAUGAAACAGUUUACAGAGACUCAGAAUUCCGCCAAAAAACGAGAGAUAGUCCCAACCAUUAUCAGGAAAUGGAUGAAACAGGUUACAGAGAAACAGAAUUCUGUAAUGGUAAAGCAAUUGAACGAAAUGGAAGAGCAUAUCCAGAAAAUAUUGAAAUGGGAUACAUGGAUCGCGGGCUUCCUCAUCCAGAAACCACUCUAUAUUAUCCAGCACCAAAUGCCCAGUACAUUGAUCGUGGAUCCGGAAUUCAACAAUCAAAUAUGCAGUACCAGCCCGGUUCAGCGGCUUGGAAUACCCAGGUACCAUUUACCGUACAGUAUACACCAGUGGGGCAACAAGGAAGUCAGGAGGAAAAAGAAGAGAAGAAGCCGCGGAAAAGGUGGUGGUACACAACAAGUCGGGUAUUCUCUGCCGUGUUGAUAAUAAGUAGUCUGGUGUCAGACUGGCUGCAGUACUCGGACAUGGACGACCCAAUAACUUAUGUAAAAGAUAAACUAUCAGGCAAACGUGUAAAGAUAGCCUGCUCUGGUGAGCUAAGAGAGGACAUAAAAAAACAAUUUCUGUAUUUUACAAUCACUGGAACGGUUCUGGCAGCAUUGCAAUUGGCCAACAUCAUUUACCAGAUCGUUCAGAACCACCGAGUACCCAUCGAUACGGAUAUUACAGAUUAUAUUGAUGAACGAACCGAAGUUUUUCUCGUCAACGCGUUCGUCAAGUUUCCGCAAACUUUUCUGAUAUAUCGAUAUGAAGAAAACAUAUGUCUAAGUGUUACAUGCGGACUAGACCGUAAAAAGAUCAAAGGCAUAUUGAAUGGACUUUCCGCGUUGGCUAGUACUGUCUGGCGAUAUCUAACUCAUGUCAAAGUCUCGGCUGGAAACUCCUGUAGCUGCUCCAACAUAUGUGAAAGAUGCGCUGCACGAUGUGGUAACUGCAUAAAAAGCUGUCUUUUGGGUUGCAUCAAGUGCCUUUGUCCAUGUUGCUGUUGUUGCAUUGAUUGCAAGACCUUUAUUCCAUGCUGCUGUAUGCAUGUCAUCUGUAAAAAUUCCCAUAUGUCUACCAAGUGUGUCUGCCAGGGCGGAAGUAAGACGUGUGACCCAAAGUCUUCAUCUAUAUUGGCGGAAUUAGCUGGUUUCCCAACAACCCUUGUGGCUUUUCUGUAUGGGCUGAGGGUUUGGAAAUACACCUGCACAAUCUCUAUAUCAUCAGACGUCACUACUUUCGUCUUUGAGACUGUUAUUGGCUACGUUUGGGACAAGAUUUUUAAAUAAUAAGUAAACCUUCUUGUUCAACAAUAUUUACGUGUGCGGAUCCUAUGUUAUGAAAUUGGAAACAUUCUUAUUAGGUGUGAUAUGUAUAUAUGUUUACCAACCGCAUAUAGUAUAAAGAAAUAUAACUUACCCUUUCUUAUAUUCAAAUUUUAAUUGGACAUGUGUAAACAUUGACUUCCAAAGUUCUUGGGAAAAAAUGAUAUACACAACGACGCAAUGACUCAGUGUUAUUUAAUUUACAUUCAGAUAUGUGUAAACAUUGAGCCUCACCAAAACUUGGUUUCACAUGACGCAAUAAACUGAUGUGUUGUUGAAUUUGUAAA